CGGCGUCUGUGGCGGCCGCUUCAGCUGCUGAGGGGAGGCGAGAAGGCGAGAGCCGCUUCCCCGGCUCCUGUGGCCCGCUGUCCGAGCGGUGGCCCGCCCCCCGAAGCUGACCAGCGAUUCCAGUCAGAAGCCCCCGGUUGCCUUUGUUCUCUGAUGCCAUGCCAGCACCAACUCAGCUAUUGCUCCCAUUAAUUCGCAACUGUGAGAUCGGCAGGAUAUACAAUACUGCAUGUUACUGUCACCACAAACAUCUAUGUUGCUUAUCCCCACAUUUAACGUACAGUCACUUGAGAUAUGCCCCGCAGAAGAAGCUUGCAACGCUCUGUAGGCCAAAGGAGAACUUCACUCAGUUUAUUCAUGCAAGAAACUAUGUCUCCACGCCACAGAGAUUUUACCUCACCCCUCCACAGGUCAACAGCAUUCUGAAGGCAAAUGAAUAUAGCUUUAAAGUUCCAGAAUUUGAUGGCAAAAACUUAAGUUCUGUCCUUGGCUUUGAUAGUAACCAGCUUCCAGCUAAUGCUCCAAUAGAAGACCGAAGAAGCGCAGCCACUUGCUUACAAACGAGAGGGAUGCUUCUUGGUGUGUUUGAUGGUCAUGCAGGAUGUGCUUGUGCACAGGCUGUCAGUGAAAGACUUUUUUAUUACAUAGCUGUUUCUCUGUUACCCCAUGAAACUUUACUUGAAAUAGAAAAUGCUGUAGAGAGUGGCAGGGCCCUGUUGCCUAUUUUACAGUGGCACAAGCACCCCAAUGAUUAUUUCAGUAAAGAAGCCUCCAAAUUGUAUUUUAACAGUCUACGAACUUAUUGGCAGGAACUCAUUGACCUCAACACUGGGGAAACAACUGAUGUAAAAGAGGCUUUAAUUAAUGCCUUUAAGAGACUUGACAAUGAUAUUUCUUUGGAAGCUCAAGUAGGAGACCCAAAUUCUUUUCUCAAUUAUCUGGUUCUGCGUGUAGCCUUUUCUGGUGCAACUGCCUGUGUGGCUCAUGUAGAUGGGGUUGAUUUGCAUGUAGCUAAUACUGGCGACAGCAGAGCCAUGCUUGGUGUCCAAGAAGAAGAUGGAUCAUGGUCUGCUGUUGCAUUGUCCUAUGAUCAUAAUGCACAGAAUGAAGGUGAGGUGGAGCGAAUCAAAAUGGAGCAUCCAAAGUCAGAAGAAAAGAGUGCUGUAAAACAAGAUAGGUUACUAGGUUUGCUGAUGCCUUUCAGAGCUUUUGGAGAUGUCAAAUUUAAAUGGAGCAUUGACCUUCAGAAGAGAGUGAUAGAGUCAGGCCCAGAUCAACUCAAUGACAAUGAGUAUACAAAGUUCAUUCCACCAAAUUACCAUACUCCUCCUUACCUCACAGCUGAGCCAGAGGUUAUAUAUCAUAAAUUAAGGCCUCAGGACAAAUUCUUGAUACUGGCAACUGAUGGCUUGUGGGAAACCAUGCACAGGCAAGAUGUGGUCAGAAUUGUAGGUGAAUAUCUAACAGGUGUUCAUCAUCAACAGCCAAUAGCUGUCGGAGGUUACAAGGUAACUCUGGGACAGAUGCACGGCCUUUUAACAGAAAGGAGAGCUCGUGUUUCUUCAGCCUUUGAAGAUCAAAAUGCAGCAACUCAUUUGAUACGCCAUGCUGUUGGGAAUAAUGAAUUUGGCACUGUCGAUCAUGAACGGCUGUCCAAGAUGCUUAGUCUUCCAGAAGAGUUGGCACGGAUGUACAGGGAUGAUAUCACAAUUAUUGUUGUACAGUUCAAUUCCCAUGUUAUAGGUGCAUGUCAGAAUGAGGAGUUCUAAAUUCUAAACUGAGGUGUUGAACCAAAGUUUUCAAAGAACAGCAUGGCCAGUACUGCGUGUUCAGCAUAGUAAAACUUAUUCAGUUAAUGUCUGGUCAUUGGUUUUGUAGCUGGAGCAAGUAUGUUAAUAACUGUUUGCAAUAGGGGACAUUGGUCAAACGUUUAUUGAAUUAAUAUAAAUUAUCAGGAUAACAGAACAAAUUGGGACGACUUUGCACUAAUCUUGCUUGAGCACUGGCUUGUUACGUGGGGUUACUGUUCUUGGUGUCAGGAAAGGCUUCAUACGCAUCUGUGCAAUUUUGUGUAGGGCAAAAAAAUCCUUAUGUUUUUCACAUGUAAAUAUAUGUAUAGGUAGCAAUUUCAGUAGUUAUAUGGAACACUGUAUGGCUACUUCGUUGUAAAACAAUUCAAGUAGGGCUGAUGAUUUUUAUAUUUACACAAUAACUGUGGUGUCUUUUCAGGAAAGGAAGGAAACUUUUUAACAAGCUGAUAAAUAUCUUUAGUUAUUAUUCUCCCUUUGGGUGGUGAAAUCACAAUUGAAAAGCAUAUCUACAAUACCAGUGCUAAAUGUAGAAGUCUUUAAGUCCUAAGUAUCCUCAGCCUGUCCAAAGUAUUGGAAAUGCAAUAAUAUUUUGCUUUGAAUGACUUGCCUGCUCCUUAUAUUGGCAAGGCUUCAUUCUUUUGCACAGUUCAAGGGCAGCAAAUGUUCACUGAAAGAUCAGUUAACAAGGGGACGGAAGUAUUAAAAAUCUUUGGCUUGCAUUAUGAAGCUGUGAUUUUUUUCUUAAUCUUCAGAUGGUCUUGCAAAAUACCACACUGUUAGCAAGUACCAAAUCCAUUUCUUGUCAUAAGUCGUUGUUCCUCUUUUGAACCUAGGCAGUCUACUGUAGUUUUGUAAAGUAGUGCAGUCUCAUGCUUUGUAGUUUGAUCUUGUGUUCUGGAUGUUUUAACUAUCACAAAGUGAAAAACUAUCCAUAAAUCUUGGUUCCCAUGGAGACUGUUGAAACUGUAAUCAUUUGUACAGCAUGCCAACUUUACCUAUUUAUAUGUUUUUAACCCUCCUGGUAAUACUAUAUCAUCAAUGGUAACACUUUCAGAAUUCCAUGACUAGUGUGUAUAUUUGCUUACAUGCAAAACUCAUCUCUCUUCCAUACAAUGCUCAUUUGAAAGUGUCAGGCAAAUUAAAACUGUUUUCUCAGUAGCCACAGUUCUUGAGCAUAUGUGUAAAAUUGAAGAUUUUCCCAAUGUACAUCAAAGCUGUUGCCUUCCCCUCAUACUCAGGCUGGUAUUUAUAUAUUUUUUUAACACUGAUAGUAAAGCCAGAGUUUAUCUUAUCUAGGAAAAAAGUACUUGCAGUUGGACAUAGAAGAAGUCUACUUCUCUACAUAAAUGCUUGAACGUUCCUGUGGGCCUUUUCCAUCAUAUAAUGAUCAGUUCUUGAGCCGCUAUGUUCUAAAGCGUGUUGUCUCGGCAAUGUGGAUGCUUUUUAACAAAGUGAAGGAAGUCUUGUUUGCAAACACAACUGUCUAAUGCACUUGUUUUAGCACUAGCACUCCGUUUGUUUUUUUAAGUGCUGAAAUUCAAACUUGUAUAUAAAGUAAUAAAUGUGGAAAUGAAGGUAACAAAGAUUCACAUGCUUCCUGACUUAAGGUAGUAUUGGUACUUUAUACACUUAAGUACAUCUUAAUAAAGGUAACUUCAGAAUACCAAAGUCUUUGAAGGCUUAGUGGUGGUCUUUCCAUUCUCUGACCAAGAAGGUUAAUUAUUCAGCUAGCCUUGGCUCAUAUUUUCCAGACCCCACCCACUAAAUGUUCAUCUUAGGUAAAAUCUAAUCUUCAGCUUCUUAAUUGUCAUGCUUGUGUACAUGGAAUAUAGCUAAAUAGGUGAAAGUUUUUGUAUGCUGUCUAUAAAAUAAACUGUUACAUUAUUGACAUUUCCUUUUUAUGUCUGAAAUAUAAAAUGUAUAAAUGUCACAUUUUGGUUUGGUACUAAGCUUAAUGAAUUGGACCCUAGUCCUGUAAGUUCAGCACUUAGGAGUUACCUUUGUAAAAUAAAAUAGCAAACAAAUGGGAUUUAAAUGAAGUAUUCUUAGAAGACUCCCUUGCUAGGUAUGCAAUUGAGAUGGUAUUGUGGCUUUCUGAACAUCACAAAAUCUAUGGCUGAAUAUCUUUUAACAGACUUUAAUAAAAACUAUUGUAGAAACA